AUGGCCCUGCAUUCUCCUCACAAGAACAGGCAUAAUCGGUCAAAGAGCAUGCCCUCAAGGCUGCAGGGUGACCCAAUUCUCACAGAUGCACUUGUGAGUGAAUUGGAGAGACUGGAGGACUGUUGUUCUUCUUCCUCGUGUUUUGGAGGAGAUUGGCUUCCACAAGCAAUCGACGUAGUGGUGAAUUGUUGUUCCAAUCUGUCAGACAUAAAGAUACACAUGGAGAGCAAGUGGAUGAACUCACAUCUGGAUGACAUACUUCAUCUGCUUGAGGUGUGCAAUUUGUUGAGAGACACCAUUGCCGACAUCAGGAAGCAGCACGCUUGUGUUCAGAUAGCCAUUCGAGGACUUGGCCCUGUUCUCACUCCAUCUUUCCAUGCAUUCCAGAGAGUUCGGACAUCUCUUGUCUCUUGGCUGGAGAAGAAGAAUGACACAAACUCCCAGCUGGAGAAAUGCAUGUCGAGUUUGAGGCGAAUGGCGGAAAAGCUGAACCGUGAAGAUAACCAUGCCAAGGCCAUCAUCAUAAUGGUCUGCUCUGCCCUUGUCGCUGCUCUUUCCUUCAAGACAUCCCACAUGAGGAUGCCAUCUCUUCCUCUUCCUACACAUUUCAGUCGCCUGCAUGACAAGCUCAAGGAGGCAGUCGAAAUGAGAAAGAGUUCAUCAUCAUCAAGGUCGUUGCACGAGUUAGAGGCAGCAGAUAUUGCACUGGGAAACCUCAACAAUCUUCUAAACUCCAAUUCCAUGUUGCACCUUCCUCUUCAUCUCUCGCCUGCCACCGUGGCGCUUCAUGAGUUGGAGACUACUCUUCCCCUGUUUGAGCACAAAAUCAACCAACUAUUUAAGUUUCUUAUCUCUGCGAGAGUUGCUCUCUUGAACACCCUUUCUUCCCAUUGA